UCUGUGAAAAGGGAAACUACCUAACUCAAGCAAGAAAUGGCAAUGGAAAACGAAAGAAAUGUUUUUUCUUCACCGUGGGAUGAUAGCGAUAUUAUUUUGGUUGUUGAAGACCAAGAACUUCAUGUUCAUAAGUGGAUUCUAACCUCGCAAUCGCCCGUGUUCAAAGCAAUGCUAGACGGUCGUUUCAUGGAGGCUAGCCAAGACGAAAUCAUCCUCAACGAUAAGGACCCGGAAGUAAUGGUAGAAUUCCUAAAACUGCUCUACCCUUGGUCAAUGUUUGAAGAUAAAGUCAAUUUUGAUGAUGAGAAUUUUUUGUUGGUAUUGGCGCUCGCAGAUGAGUAUCAGUGUGUGAAGCUGAUUAAGCAAUGUAUUGAAAAAGUAAAGAUAACAUCACAUAAUGUAUUACAAAUCCUGCCUUAUGCAGUCGCGUAUCACCAGACAAUAUUGCCCAAAGUAUAUGACGUGAUUAAAUGCAGCGUUUCAACAGCUAAGCUGGAAACGGUGUUGCCGAGUGUGGAAGACAAGGAGACGUCUGACACGAUGCUUUUAACCAAAUGCCGCUUCCUGGAAACUCGCGUAGUUAAAAUGAAAGAUGCUCUGCUCUCUUUGUUAUGUGAUUUUUUGAGGCAAGGAAAGGAAUUGGAAAAUACAAAAAUGUCAUUAAAAAAUACCGAAAAGCCAUUGGCUGAUGCAAGAAAUUUGCUCCAGAGGUUAGGGCAUAUUGCUGCCAUUGGUAGUAGAGUUGGUAUGCAGAAUCCUUCCUAUCCUGGCCUCGAUGCCAUGUUAAAAACUACAGCCGACCAUCGAUGUCCUCACAGCAUUGGAGUUCGAGAGAUCAAGAAAACAAAAGGCUGUCUUAAUUGUAAAGAAAAGUAUAAGCAAAAAUUCCUUGCCUCUAUUCCUAGUUGUAGGGAAAGCGAGGACACACAAAAUUAUUUUGACAUGCUUAAAUCCGUGGAUGACGUUGCGACUGCAGUCAGCGCAGUGAACGAUCAGGAGUAACUUUAGCACAAAUGAACAA